AUGUUUGUGCAGCUGAUGCAGAAGCGAGGGUGGAACAACCUGCCCGAGCAGGCCCGUCGACAGAUGAACGCCUACCCGGCCGACAAGAAGUGGACCCUCCUGCACCAGGACCGGCUCACCGAAUGGCAGGGCGAGCAGAAGCGCCGCACCACCGCCCGCCCCGGCCAGUACGCCAACGUGGACAUCACCACCUAUUCCGAGGAAGAGGGUGCCCCGGAAUGGUACGUACGCAAGAUUAUGGAGGACAAGCUCGACUCCAAGGGCUUCGGCAGCCUCGAGGUCAACCUCAGGACCCAGCAGAUCGGAUGGGUUAAGCGCUUCAUCGAGUGCCAGGGCCAGGUCGCCUUGACCACGCUGCUCCUCAAGAUCAACCGAAAGACGGCCACCGGCCCCGCCGCCCCCGAGCUGCCGAGGGGAGACAAGUCCCUCGACCACGAGUAUGACAUCAUCAAGUGUCUCAAGGCCGUCAUGAACAAUAAGUUUGGUGCCGACGACGCCCUCCAGCACCAGCAGGUCCUCAUCGCCCUCGCCACCGCCCUGACGUCGGGGAGAAUCACCACCCGCAAGCUCGUGAGCGAGGUGCUCACCUUUUUGUGCGACUGGGGAAACGGCGACGGCCACCUCAAGGUCAUCCAGGCCCUCGAUCAAGUCAAGGCCCAGCACGCGGAGAAUGGGCGCUUCGACUCGUGGAUGCGCCUCGUCGAGGUCGCCAUCGACGGCCGCGGCAAGAUGGGCAGCCUCGUCGGCGCGAGCCAAGAGGUGCGCAGCGGCGGCGUCGGCAUGGAGAACCUGCUCAUGGAAUACGCCGUCGCUACCCUCAUCCUCGUCAACAUGAUGAUCGACAAGCCAUUCAAGGACCUCCAGCUCCGCGUGCACAUUCGCGCCCAGUUCACGGCAUGCGGAAUUAAGCGCAUCAUGACCAAGAUGGAGCGGUUUCAGUACGAAUUCAUCGACACCCAGAUCGAGAAGUUCCGGACCAACGAGGCCAUCGACUACGAAGACAUGCUGGAGCGGGACAACAGCUCCAUCAAGGAUAACGUAGAAGCCGAGGUCAAGGACCUGAACGAUCCCGUGCAGAUUGUCGACGCGAUCCAGCAGCGCCUGGGCGAGUCCAAGUCGCAAGACUACUUUGUCUCCGCCCUCCAGCAUCUCCUGCUCAUCCCCAACAGCGACAACGAGGAGAGGCUGCGCAUGUUCCAGCUCGUCGACUCCAUGCUGAGCUAUGUCGCCAUGGACAGGAGGCUGCCCGACAUGGACCUCAAGCGCAGCCUCAACUUCACCGUCCAGAGCCUGCUGGACAAGCUGCACACCGACUCCGAGGCGCGCCAGGCCUCGGACGAGGCCCUCGAGGCGCGCCAAAUCGCCGACGCCGCCCUCGCGGAGCGGGACGAGAUGAAGGCCCAGCUCGAGCUCGGCGCCGAUGGCCUCGUGGCCAAGAUGCAGAGGCAGCUCGAGGAACAGUCCCGCUUCAUCGAAGCCCAGCGGCGCCAAGCCGAUGGCUUCAAGGCCGAGCUGGAGAACAUCCAAACGGUGCGCGCCAAGGAAGCCCAGCGGUACGAGCUGGAGACGCGAGAGCUGUACCUCAUGCUCCGCGACGCCCAGGACAUUGCCGCCUCCAAUGCCGUCAAGGCCAACAGCUCGGCCGGUGGCGCCGGUGGCGGCGGCAGCAAACUGGGCGACGACGACCCCGUCCGCAUGCAAGGCAUCCUCGACCGCGAGCGCCUGCUCGAGCGCCUGCAGAUGCAGAUUGAGCGCCAGAAGACGCAGUACAAGCUCGAGGGCAGGGUCUGGGGCGAGACGGUGGGUCCGUCGGAUCGACUCCGCGCCCUGCGCGAAGAGAUGGACGGCUACGGUGGGGACGACGACGACGACGACGGCGACAGCGCUAUGCUUGACAUCUCUAAGCCGGCUCUCAGCCCCGGGAUGCUGGGCAGCGUCAGGAGGCACACCAACCUCAACCGCAAACCCUUGCCCGGAACCCCCAACGACGGCGAUACCAUUAUGGAGGACGGCGGCGAGGACGACGACGCCGACGUGGUGUACGAGAAGCCGAGAGUCGUCGAGAUUCGGCGCCCCACGGUCGACCCCAAGCAGCAGGCCGGCCUCCUCAGCGAGAUUACCGGUAAAAUCAAGCGGUACGGCGACAGCGACGACGAGGACGGCGACGGCGUCACCACCGGGCCCUCGCACCCCAGCCUCGAAUCCCAAGCUCCCUCACCCCCGCCGACAGCGAACCCCCAAGAUCAAGGUUACGGCCGCGACCUCGUCGCCGCCCGCGCCGCCGCCCGCGCCUCCCCUUCCAGGUACGACCGGAGUGCCGCCUCCACCCCCGCCGCCGCUCCCACCUCCGGGGCUCAUCUCUUCCGGUAG